ACACUUUUAUCAUAAUAACUAGAAAAAGACACAGAAACACGAGAAAUCUGUAAAUAUUAAACAUAGAAGUAUUUUCUUUAGAGAAAUAACAUAUAUGCUGUCUGAGUUGUAUAUGCAUGCUGCAACAUGCAACUCUUCCUCAACCUCUGUUGUCUGCAGUAACUAGUAAAAGAAAAUAUUCAGAAAAAAGAGUUGAUCAGCAAAAGCACUGUGUCUACGUCAACCCGUGUCCACAGGCAGUUUACAGAGGUUUUACAUAGGAUCUCCGGUGGAUUUCAUGUUUUACAGAGACUCUAAGACUAGGUCAGUGACUGAACUAUACAGUACUUUUAGAAUAAGUUGGGAAUUUGGGGGACAAAUUUGCACUGGUGAUCAUCCUCCAAUGCUGUUGUUGUUAAAUGCAAUAAUAUCCUCACAGCAAUGCCCCAAAAAUCUUGUGAAAAGCAUUCAUUUGAUAGUAUUCUUGAUUUCAGAAGAAGUGUUGAGCAGCAGUCUCGAUCCAUUUUGUGCAGUGAGGUUGUGCAGUUAUGAUUUAGAAUAAGUUGUGAUUUUUCAUCAAACUUUUUGUAGAGUGUGUGUGUGUGUAUAUGUGUGUAUGUGGUUGUGUGUGUGUAAUUUCUGAUUUCCUGUCUGAAUGAAUCAGGCCUGCACUGGCCCUUGAUUGCCCCUUUUCGAUCCAUGCCAGUAUCCAUGGAAAUCAAUUUACAAAAACCACGCUUUCAACUUACUGUGUGUGUGUGUGUGUGUGUGUGUGUGUGAGAGUGAGUGAGUGUGUGUGUGUUGGCCUGAAGGGGGCUUUGGUUGUCAUCGAAACCUUCUGGUCUUUUGAUUGACACUACAAAGUGAGUGGUCUCUAUUCAACUUGCAGCAAGAGCAAAAAUACAGCAUAAUCAGGUGUGUGUGAGUGUGUGUGUGUGUGUGAGCGUGAAACUGUUUAUGCUCGGGCUUUUGUGUGUGUGUAAUAAAGACAAGUGCUGUCUGAAUUAUUAACAAGGUGGCUGUGUGUUUGUCAGAGAGAGAGAAUAAAAAGAGAUAGAGCAAAAGAGAGAGCAAGAUAGAGAGAACGGGAAGGAAGAGAGAGUGAUGAGAGAAAAAAGGGAAGAAUGAGAAAAAGAAAGAGAGAGAGAAUAAGGGAAGGAAGAAAGCGAUAGAGAGAGAAAAAAAGAGAAUGAUGAAGAAAGGGAAAAUAGAAAAAAAAGAGAGAGAAUGUGUAUAUAGGAAUAUAUAUGAAAAUAGGAGAGACAAAAAUAUAAGGGAAAAAAGAGAAUGAGAGAGGGGAGAGUGAGACAAAAUGAGUGGAGAAAGAAGUGAAUGAUGAAGAAAGAGAGACAGAAAGAGAAAAUAAAGAAAAUAAGAAAGCUAGAAACAGAACGAGAGAGGUGGGAGAGAGAGAGAGAGAGAGCAAGAGAGCUGAAACAUGGAAAGAAAGAGAAGGAAGAGAGAGCAAUAGAGAAAGAAAGAGGGAAGAACAGAGAGAUAAAGAGAUGGGAAAAGAGAGAGCGAUAUAGAGAAAGAGAGGGAAGAGAGAGUUAUAGAAUAAGAAAAAGAGGGAAGAAAGAGAGUGAGAAAAAAAGAGUACAAAAGAAAGAACAAGAGAAUAAAGUGUAUGAUAAAAAAGAGAGACAGAAAGAAUAGAUAAUAAGAAAAAGCAAAAGAGAAUGAGGGAGCAGAAGGAUAGAUUAGAAAGGAAAAAUACAACAAGAGUUAAAGAAAAGAAAGAGAGAAACAGAACAAAAAAGAUGGGGAAAGAGGGCAAAAAAGAGAAAAGUGAGUAGAGAGAGAACAAGUAUGAAAGAGGGAGGAGAGAAAAAGAGAAUGAGGGAGUAGAGAAAGAGAACAAGGGAGAAAAAGAAUAUAGUAAGAGAGAGGGAGGGAGGGGAGAGAAAGAGGGAGGGAGGUUACAGUGAGAAAGAGAGAGUGGGUGGAGAGAGAGAGAGAGAGAGAGAAGAUCAGUGUUGCUUGCUGUUGCUGUUCACACUUUCUCUGAUCAAGAUGCCUCGCAGAAUCUGGAAACAAGAGCUGCUGACCAUCUCCAAUGUGCCUCUGGGAGAAUGUCCACCCUCACCCCCCCGCACUGCACCACCCACAAUGAAGUCUGCCGAGUUCUUUGACAUGCUGGAGAGGAUGCAGAUUCCUAAAACUGAGGAGACUAAGAAGCACAAGGAUGACUACAUCCCUUACCCCAGGAUAGAAGACGUGCUGGAGAAAGGUGGUCCGUUCCCUCAGGUGAUCCUGCCUCAGUUUGGGGGUUACUGGAUCGAGGAUGCCGAGGCUCCGGUGGGUACCCCCACCUCCUCAGACAGCAGCUUCUGUGAGGAAGAGGAGGCUGAGGUCUUGGGUCCUGGGGGAGGAGGAGGAGGAUUCGGCUAUCGGCUGGAGAGCAACAGCACAGCGCGAGCUUACCGCAAACACUUUCUGGGCAGGGAGCACAUGAACUAUUACUGUACAGGCAGUAGUCUGGGGAACCUCAUCAUGUCUUUAAAGCACGAGGAGUGUGAGGGGCAGGAAUUCCUUCGUAUAAUGCUCAGGUCAAAGACGAAGACGCUUCAUGACAGAAUCCCACUGGAGGGGCUUCCUCAGCUGCCCAGUGUGCCUCAGAUAGCCAAGCUGCUCUGCGAUGAUGUCACGGGUCUUAAGUUCAAUCCGGUUCUCUACCCUAGGGGCUCGCAUCUAAUAGUCAGCUUUGACGAGCACGAAGUCAACAAUACCUUCAAGUUUGGGAUGAUUUAUCAGAAGUUUGGGCAGACGUCAGAAGAAGAGUUGUUUGGAAAUAACGAAGAGACGCCAGCAUUUGCGGAGUUCCUCAGUGUGCUGGGAGAUACCAUCGAGCUCCAGGACUUUAAAGGGUUCCGGGGGGGUCUGGACGUUUCUCACGGGCAGACGGGGUCUCAGUCUGUCUACACCGUGUUCCGCAACAGAGAAAUCAUGUUCCACGUCUCUACUAAACUGCCCUUCACUGAAGGAGAUGUACAGCAGCUGCAGAGGAAGAGGCACAUUGGGAAUGACAUUGUGGCCGCGGUCUUCCAGGAAGAGCCCACGCCGUUUGUUCCAGACAUGAUCGCCUCCAACUUCCUCCACGCUUAUGUGCUGGUGCAGGCAGAAAACCCCUGCACCGAACACACCACCUACAAGGUUUCUGUCACAGCCCGGGAGGACGUGCCCCCGUUCGGCCCACCGCUGCCCAACCCGGCGGUCUUUAAGAAGGGUCCUGAGUUCCGAGAGUUCCUGCUGACAAAACUUAUCAAUGCUGAAAAUGCCUGUUACAAAUCUGACAAGUUCGCCAAGCUGGAGGGUAGGACGCGAGCAGCACUGCUUGAUAACCUGCAUGAUGAGCUACACAGACAGACCCAGGCCACGUUAGGCUUAGGCUCAGUUACAGAUGAAGAUAAGCUGGAGAACGGAGGCCACGGAGGCCUGCUGGAGUCUUUUAAGAGGGCCAUGCGGGUGAGGAGUCACUCCAUGGAGACGAUGGUGGGCUCUCACAAACACAAGCCUGCAGGAGGGGGAGGAGUUCCAUCCAGUGUGAGUGGAGGAGUGCUCCCCCAGAGCAGCACUGAGUGCACCAAGAGCACCUUCACGCCUCCAGUUCUUUCGGCCAAGUCUCCUCUGAAGAGUCCGGUGAAACGGCGCUCAGGCCUUUUUCCCAGACUGCACUCCAGCACAGAGAGCCCCACUGAGAGACAUUCAUCCCGCAGUGAGCAGAAAUCAGUGGACAUUAUCUCACACUCGCAGGAAGGCCGAUCAGAGACAUCGUCCAACCCAAGCUCACCAGAGAUCUGUCCAAACAAAGAAAGGCCGUUUGUGAAGCUGAAGGAGUGCGGCGGCAGGGCCAACAUCUCUCGCUCGUCCUCCAGCACCAGCAGCUUCAGCAGCACCGCCGGAGAGGGAGACGGCCUGGAGGAGCUGGACACGAGCAGUCACCCCAGUUUGGCCUCGCCCGUGGUGUUCAGCCCCUCCCUCAGCUUGGAGAGCCAGAACUCUGCAACCCCCUUCAUAAUGUGCCGCAGUUCUACUGAUGGGAAAAGUAAAACUUCACCUCGGUCAAACCUGAAGUUCCGUUUCGACAAGCUGAGCCACUCUUCAACAGGGCAUUAAGAGAGAAUGGAGUGACUGCAGCGAGAGCAGGCAGUGUAGCUUAUUCAGAGCCAAGGGACUUUCUGCUCAUUUUAAAGGAAAGACGGGACCAUCUGCUGUAUGCACCUCAACCACCUUCAUCACUGCUCAGCACCUCAACCACCUUCAUCACUGCUCAGCACCACAACCGCCAUGAUGAACUGCUCAACUUCACGCCUACCAAGCCGAGACGGACACGGAUACGGGAGCCGCGGAAAAGCUUAAGAGUCUUAAUGGAUCAUACAGCCGCUAAAACUGGACUAUUUCUACAACUCUUCUGCUGUACAAACCUGUGAAAGCUUCUAUAUUCAACGUUUAACGGCACAGUCGCUCUGAUAAUGCUGCUUCUCAUCUAACAGGUAGCGUAGAAGAGACCUUCUGACCUUCUGCAAGGAAGGAAAACACUUGAUCAGAUAAUCAAGACUCCAGUUGUCUUUUUUCCUCUGUUUUUUUUUUUUGUUGCUCUAUAGUCGAGGUUAUCAGCUGCAUUCUGGUAAGGAUAGUAAGGAAGCAGUUGGUUGGUUUGAGAGGGUUUAAGCGAGAGAUGGAUGAAAAGAGAAAGGAAGCAUGAGAUGCUGUUUAUACAUUCAUUUUAUUUUAUUUUUUGUAAUUACUGUGAGCUUUAUAUAUUGUUUGGUAGUUUUUGGUACCAUUCACUGCCCUUAUUGCCAUGUUCUCAGUAAGUGCUGACUGAUCCACACGGUACAGUACUCAAUAUUACAGCAUAUAUUUACAGCUCAAUCUAUAGGAAGCCAUAGAGCACAAUGGUACAGAAUGUAUUCACAUUUAUUCAACAGUCUAGCACUCUGUCUGUGUGGGGAUUUGUGUGUAGAUGCUGCUUACUGGCCAAAAAAGUGCCAAAGUCUUUAGGCUUCAGGAUGCUAGUUUAAUAGCAUUGCUAGUUUGCAGUCUUCUCUAGAUCACUAGCACACUUCACACUGCAUCAGCAGCUUUAUAGUUACUGUAUACACUCUGUGACCAAUUUACUCAUGAAUGCUUUGUUUUGAACAGUUGUUGCAAGAUUGGAGAGGCUUGGGUACAAAUCCAGUUUAGGGGUGGAAGAAGUACGGACAUUAUUAAGUAAUGGUACUUUUAAAAAGUAAAAGUAAAAAAUAAAGUAAAAGUACUUUUAAGGCCCAAUCCCAUUUCUCUUUUGUACCCCUAUUCCUUGUUUUCAAAUGUAACGCCUCCCUUUAGAACAGCAUUAAAAGUGUGAAAGGGGUGAAAUCCUCCUUCUAAGAAUUGGGACAGUCCUUCAAGAACCUAAUACAGAUAAAGCUAUAGCCGUGGAGAGCUAAAGUUCAGCAACAUAGCUGCUGGUUAACUACCGUAUUUUUUGCACUAAAAGGCGCACCAGAUUAUAAGGUGCAUUAUCAAUGAACGUCUAUUUUCUGGUCUAUUUUUAUACAUCAGGCGCACCGGAUUAUAAAAAGAAUUUUUAACAACUAGUAAGGAACAGUGGUGUCGCCAUGUUUUCCUUCUAAUUAAUAAUAAUAAUAAUAAUAAUAAUAAUUGUACAUUUUAUUUGUAAUGCACUUUACAUUUAAAACAAAUCUCAAAGUGCUACAUCGCAGAAUUAGCUAACUAAGUAAACAAAACUGUAAUUCUUAAAAAAAAGACUUUCUUUCUAAAGUCAAACAAGUGCUGGAUGUUAAUCUACAAAGAUUUCUUUCCUGUAAACUGUUUAUUUGGGUGAUUGAAGCGCUUCCAUUUAUUUACAGUGAGCUUAGAUUCCCACAUUUCUUCAGCAUUAAGGCUAAAGCAUUAGCAUUAAUGGCUAACCGCUAGCCAUUAGUGGAUAAUGUCGCCUGACAGUGCUACACUGAGGAACCCAGAGGGCUCCAGUAAGUCAGGGCUUGUUUUAACACGGUAAACGUGCAGGCUACACUCCGAUAUACUCACCUCUGAAUAGUAAAAAACGCUAGCAACGUUAGCGGUUAAUGCUAACGCUGCUCCAGCAAUGCUAGCUGUAGUUAUCGGCAAGCUACAGGUCAAAAAGUCUCACCUCUGAAUGAUGAAAGACCUAGAGCUUAGCAAAGUUAGCAGUCAAUGCUAAUGCUGCUUAAGCAGUGCUAGCCAGAGUUGGCUGUAUAAAGCUGUACUUCAGAGGAGUGGCUUUAAUGCUUCUUAAUACCUGUCUGAUAAAAUUGUUACAUAAGGUGCACCGGAUUAUAAGACGAUUUUUGGGAAAAUUAAAGGAUUUUAGGUGUGCCUUAUAGUGCAAAAAAAUACAGUAGUUAACUUUAGGGCAUGGUAUGUCUUCAGGAAAGGGGCAGGUGAUGCAGCAAUUCAUUAUUAUUGCCCAUUCCUUAAUUCCUCUGGGAGAUGAGGAGCUGAAAUUAACUUUUAUUAGCCUUUAUUUGAUUACAUUUUUCCAUUCCACCUUAAAUGCUGCAGCCUCUGCCAUAUGUUGCACUAUUUAAGGUGGAAAAGGAAAGUUAGCUAGCUAGCUAGUUACUGAAACAAACUACUAGCAAUUUUUAAUGCUGGUUAUGAAGUAAAUGGCCAUAAAACAUUAAAACUACAUAUUAAACUAUGCUAAUAUGGAUGUUUUCAUAAUUUGUGCCAUCUUGCCAGUGAUUCUUAUAGCCCUCUGAUUUGAUUGAGCCUCUGAAAAAUCCCUGGUUGAAGGGUCAUGGGUUGUAGGGGUAGGGCCAAGUGGUAAAAUGGGAUUGGGCCUAAAUCUUGCUUUUGACAAGAUUUAGGUGAAUCUGUGGCUUGUUCUUUAUAUUGUUUCUCAAUUGUGUCAUGAUGAAUGGACCAAUAGAAAUGCUCCAAAAUGACUUAAUAAUAUAAAUAUAAAAUCUGUAAAAAAUAAAGUCGAUAAAUAAUAAUAAUAAUAAUAAUAAUAAUAAUAAUAAUAAUAAUAAUACAAUUAAAGUAUAAUUCUAUCAGCAUUUUUUGGUUCUCCCUAAAGAACCAAGUUUUUAUGGAAAUGUAGGGAAUACUUUACAACAAGGGUACAUUACAUCAAUUAAAAGGAGAAGGAAUAAAUACAUUCUUUUCUACCAAAGAAAGUCUAUGUAUUUUUUUUAUGAGAAAUUAGAGUAUUUCUAUUAAACUAUUCAUUAUAUUGACACAUUUGACACAUUUACUGACAUAAACGUAAAAAAAAAACAGUUGGAACAUUCAUAGACCCCACCUCAUGAUAAUGUGUCUCUAAUAACUGUGUAAUUACAUGUUAACAAUACAUGUAAUAACAUUGAAGUAUGCAUUGCUAGAGCAUUAUUACAGUUGCACAGGUUAUAUAUAUAAUUCCACACAUAAUUACACAGUGUCUGUUAGAAAUAGCAGAAUAUUUUGUCCAUCUUCUUAUGAUCAAAUCUUAAUUCUAUUUUUAUAGCAUUCAAAAACAGCACUCUCACAGCCCUAAUUACAUAACCUGUAUAGAUGUAAUACAUCUGCAUCAAUGCUUAUUUUACGGGUAGUUACAGUUACUGGUUAUUACAUAGAUUGUUGAUGUGUAACUACACAUUUAUUACAGAGACUUAUAUAAAGUGUGACCUAUUCAUAUUUUAAAAACAUUAAAUUAAAAUAUGUCAAAAAUAGAGAUACACAAAUCCAACUCCGUGGCUUACAAAGUACUGAGAAAUAGUGAGAAUAUUAUAUAGAAUAAAAAAAGAAAGUUAAAAUGGGCUCAGAGUGGUCCAGUUCGAAUCCUGUUCAUGUAGCUUGCCAUCGGCUACCGGAGCUCUGAGAGAGCGCAAUUGGACUUGCUCUCUCUCCUCUUUAUUCCAAAAGGUGAUGUCAAUCAGCACAAAACAUCUGUGAGCUGAUGUAUCAGAACCGAGUCGCUGCGCUUUCCUCAGAGAGCGCUGUGAUGCUACUUGGAGAUGCUACAUCAGCAGCAGUUUGUAAAAAGGGGCGGAGUCUGACUUCACAUGUAUCAGAGUAGGCAUGUGCUAGUCUUCACCCUUCUGGUGUUGGGGCAUCACUAGUGAUAAGGGUAAUUGGUCAUGUAAAUUGGGGAAAAUUGGAGAAAAUGCGAUACAAAUUUGAAAAAAAAAAAAAAUAUAAAAAAAGCUAACAGUUUAAUGACAUUAAAAAUUGUAUGCAUCAUUUACCUUCAGUUCAUUCAGUGAGUGGUUACAAUAGGUAAUCUCCACAUUAUUAUUAUUAUUAUUAUUAUUAUUAUAUUUUUUUUAUUUCUUUUUUCACACUUCCACCAUUCAUUAUUUCAGCAUUACAUUGAACGGAAUUGUACAUAAACAUAAAGCUAUAGUUUCAGAUCCCCCCGAGCGCAUCGUCCAUAUGUAAAUGAAGUGACUUGUGACUGAGUGAGCCACGUUUGUGAUUCAGUUUCCGUUCCAGACUGGGAGAACAUAAUGCACUUUCUGAACUAGUCUGGGAAAUGGGAAGUGUUCAUUGUUUCCCACAAAGGAAAGUGUUGCGUGAUUUUCAGCAGCGACUUGUUGCACUUGUACUGUGCUUUGCUAGGCACCCAAAUGCUUUACUCGUAGUGAGGGGGGGGUUUACCGUCAGUGUGUAGCCCCUCCCCGUCUGAAUGAAGCGCUGUUAGGUGCAGAAUUUGACUAAAAAGUGAUGCUUCGACUAGAGCGUGUGUCCGAGCAGAGAGUGUGUGUGUGUGUGUGUGGGAUAGUCCUGCUGCUGCCCAGGAGCUUGCGUUUGAUUGUGAACAGAGCUGGAGCACCAACGACAGUGUGUUUAUACUGACAUAAUUUAUUGCUUUCAAACCUCGUGUCGAUGUCAUGUAAAAUAAUAAUUAACUGCAGAGUAAAUUCAGAGUUAAAUAACUGAAGAUAAUUUAAGAGACUAUUCAUGUAUAUGUAUAUUUGGUUAUGUAACGUGCCAUUGAGAAUUUAUUAUGAAAUAAAAUGUUGUAUUUUGUGUCAAA